CAAUGAGAAUGGGGAUUGGGGGUAGUGUGUGGUGAAGCAGAUGCUUUGAGGACGAGGAAAACCCGUGGUACAGUCGUAUUUUUAUGGCUUAUAUAUGUGUGUGUAAUUUGUUUUUUGGAAACAUUUUUGCCUAGGUGUAUUUUUAGGGUUUUUUUUCACAAAAGGUCCAUUUUUGGGGAUUUUGGGGAUUGUGUGAGAAAAGAGGGGCAAAAGCACAAAAUAAAAUUUCGGUGAAGAAGGUCUGUCCAUGGCUUCUCUUCGAUUCGAUUCAGAUUCAUCAAACAAUACAGUUCUCUCACUUGUUAGGGUUUGGAUUGUGCUGGACAGGUAAUCUCGUGGAGUAUGAGAAAAACCCAGAAAUUGUUGAACCAAAUACUUGUUGUCUGGGAUUUGUUCACUUUUUUAGUUGUGGAUUCAUUGUAAUUAUACACACAAGUAAGGCAGCGAAGAAGAUUUGUGAAGGCAAUGGAGUGCAAUAGAGACGAGGCCGUCAGGGCGAAACAAAUUGCUGAGAAGAAGUUUAUGGCAAAGGACAUUUUGGGCGCAAAGAAAUUUACUAUAAAAGCGCAGACACUAUACCCUAGUCUUGAAGGUAUUCAACAUAUGUUAGCAACCCUUGAUGUGUAUAUUGCUGCAGAGAAUAGAAUAAAUGGGGAAGAAGAUCGGUAUGGGAUACUUGGUGUGAAUCCGCUAGCAAAUGAGGAUACGAUAAGGAAACAUUAUAGGAAGCUGGCUCUCAUGCUUCACCCCGAUAAAAACAAGUCUAUAGGGGCUGAUGGGGCAUUUAAGCUUAUUUCGGAGGCUUGGAGUUUGUUGUCUGAUAAAGCGAAGAGAUUAGCAUAUGAUCAGAAGAGGAAUGUUAAAGGUUUUCAGCAAAAAGUUCCACCUGCAAGUGCGGGUACAUCAGCACCACCCAGGUCAAAUGGGUUCAACAAUUUCACCAAAAGUACAACUCCGCAUGUGAGGGUUCCGAAGGGUAAUACAACUAAGGCUGCAGGUGCAUCUCAUGGCCCUCCUCCAUCUCAUAAGCAGAAACCCCGAACCUUCUGGACCGUGUGCCAUAGAUGUAAAAUGCAGUAUGAGUAUCUCAGAAUGUAUCUCAAUCAUAAUCUUCUCUGUCCCAAUUGUCAUGAACCAUUUUUUGCAGUAGAAACUGCUCCACCGUCCUCAAAAGGUUAUAAAGCAUCCACCCAAUCAAACCAUUCCCAGCAGCAACAGAACACGAAUCAUCAGGGUGCAAGCAAAAAUGUACAUUCUGCAGGAAGAAACAACUCGGCCAAUCCAAAUGUAGGAUCAGGGGGGUUCAGUAGUCCUGAUUCAUCUAAUCACGCUAACUUCCAGUGGGCAUUCUCUAGAACAGCAGGUGCUUCGUCUGUUGCUCAAGCUGCAACUGUGGUUCAGCAUGCAUAUGAGAAAGUGAAGAGAGAACGUGAGGAGGCACAGGCAGCCACGAAAAGAGAGGAGGCUUUGCGAAGGAAAAAUCAAGCUUCUAAGAGAACGGGUGGUGUUUCAUCGGCUAAUUCUGCAAAAAGAAGAAAAAGUAUGGAAGAUCAUAGCACAAUGAAAUAUGGGAGUUCUGUGAAUCAAAUGGGCAUGGGAAGUGGAGGAGCUGGAAUGACAGGCUUGUAUGGAGUUAGACAGGGCAAUUCUGUACCAGGACUUAAUAAGCCUAGGAGUGUACAUGAUUUAUCCCCACUUGAAAUUCAGAACUUAUUGAUGGAUAAGACCAGAAAAGAAAUUCGCAAGAAACUAAAUGAAUGGGACUUAGCUACCGUGGCCACAUCUGCAGUGAAAAGCAAGGAGAAUGUCAAUGAGAAAGCAGAUGAGGAAGUAAAGGAAAAGGACAAUGCCAUGGUAAAUGGUGCCAAACAGGACAAAUGCAAGACUGGCGAGAAUGAAAAUCUUGUCAAUAAAUCCACUCAUGGAAGUUUGGGUGGUGUCAAUGAGAACAAAGAGCCUUUAGAACCAAUGUCAAUAAAUGUACCGGAUCCAGAUUUUCAUGAUUUUGACAAGGAUCGGACAGAGAGGUGUUUUGGGGAGAAUCAGGUAUGGGCUGCAUAUGAUGAUGACGAUGGCAUGCCUCGUUAUUACGCCAUGAUUCACAAUGUUGUCUCCUUGAAUCCAUUCAAGAUGCGGAUCAGUUGGCUUAAUUCAAAAACCAACAGCGAACUGGGUCCACUAAACUGGGUUGGUUCUGGUUUUGCGAAAACUUGUGGAGAUUUCAGAAUAGGCAAACAUGAAAUCAAUAACUCGCUCAAUUCUUUCUCACACAAAGUUCGGUGGACAAAAGGUGCACGUGGAGUAGUUUGCAUUUUUCCUAGGAAAGGGGAGGUCUGGGCUCUCUAUAGGAAUUGGACUCCUGAAUGGAAUGAGCUGACUGCAGAUGAAGCAAUACACAAGUAUGACAUGGCCGAAGUACUUGAAGACUAUGAUGAGGGACUCGGUGUGACUGUUACACCACUAGUCAAAGUUGCAGGCUUUAAGACAGUGUUUCACCAGCAUUUGGACCCGAGGAAAGUUAGGAGGAUUCCUAGAGAAGAGAUGUUUCGUUUCUCUCAUCAUGUGCCCUCGUACUUGCUUACUGGUCAAGAAGCUCCAAAUGCUCCAAAGGGUUGUCGGGAGCUAGACCCUGCAGCAACUCCUCUGGAGCUUCUUCUGGUAAUACCAGAUGUUAAGGAAGAAGACAUUGUAGGGGAUGAAAAUGAAGAGAAUGCUAAGGUAGAAAAGGUGGUUGAUGAUGUUGGAAAACCUAAUAAUGAAGAAACAGAAGAGAAUUCCAGUAAAUUUAGUGAGAAGAUAUCAGGGAAUAAAACAAGAGAGCCUGAGGAAGUAGAAAUUUUGGAAGAUAGCUGGGAAAGGAGGGAAGACGAGAAAGUAAAUUCUACUGAAGUGAAGAUAGACAGUUGAAUUUUGGAUUAUCUGUUCUAAAGUGGAUGUAAUUUAUUCUCUUUGGACUAAAAUUGGUGGAACCGAUUACUGUUCUUGGAUUUCAUGCCCAUAAUGUUGGAACCAUUAUCACAUUGGAUAAUCUGAAUCACUUCAGAUAAUCCUAACCUCAAAUUUAUCUGCAACUUUGAGGAUUUUUGGAAGUGGAAGCACAAAAUUGUCCUCAGUGCCAACACAACUUGCGCUUGAGGAUCUGUAAGGUAGGAUUGUAUAUACUUCUUUCAACUUAUUGUCCUUCAAAGAAGAUUUCUUUAUCAGUUGAAGUGCACCAAUACAAACCCUGCCCACCCGUGGCCACACUUUUCACACCCAAGAGGGCACUAAUUCCUUAAUUUCCCUUCUUUUUUCUUUUUUUGAAAAACAAAAGAACUGUUGUUACAUUGCAUGGUCGCUUACUUUUGUCUUUGAAGUUGUAUCAUUGUUUGUGAUUAGACUUCAAAUAAUAGUGUAGCAUAGGAGUUUAUUUCAGUUUAUUGCUCGGUCAUGCUCAAGUUUUUGUUGCUUGUGUGGAAGUACUACUCUUUAUCUUC